UCGAUUCAAUCACUCAUGCUAAAUCAAUUUUGUUGAAUUUUUGUGUAGGUACCUAAUUCGGGCUGUAAAUACUUGUUUCAAGAAGCAUUACAAAAUAAUAAUAAAACUACUCGUAUUAAUAUCAGAGUCGUUUAAUUGGUAACAAUGACUCAAAAACAUCAGUGUAAUACGUAAAAUGUCGGCAGAGAAAACGGAAAAAACCAUAGCAAUACGAUUCGAUCCUAUUCUGCCAGAUUCUGGUGUUUUGUUUUACGAAGAAUGUCCUGCAGAAUAUGAAAUUCCUCGUCCUAUAUUAUUGCCGUUGAAAAGCAGCUCCCAAACACAUUUUGAAGAGCUUCAAACCGAGGCAGUUCGAGCGUGGAAAGAAAAACAAAAAUCUUCUGAUAAGAAUUGAAAAUAUUAUUUCUUUGUUGUUUUGAUUGAUAAAGAUAAGCUUCAAGAUGUACUAUAACCUAUUUAUUGUAGAAAUUAUAUCUGCAUUCAUAUUAGCAGGAACAUUAUUGUACCGAUAUGGAGAUUGCUAUAGAAAUCAUAUUAUUGUGACAGUGUCUGUGAUGACGGCGUGGUACUUUUCAUUCCUAAUUAUGUUUAUAUUGCCAUUGGAUAUCUCUUGGACUGUAUACCGCCAACACCAAUGCCUAAACGCCUCUACACCAGUCAUCACACCAACUCAGGUUAAUGUAUCAAGUACACCGGCACCUGUCAAUGUAUGCCCAAUAUCAUGGCCCGAUAAUGUAUUCCCCAGCCUGUGGAGAGUGGUGUAUUGGACGUCACAAUGUUUGACAUGGUUGAUCAUGCCAAUGAUGCAAUCAUACAGUAAAGCUGGUGACUUCACAGUGAAAGGGAAGUUAAAAUCAGCGCUCGUCGACAAUGCCAUUUACUAUGGAUCCUACUUAUUCAUAUGUGGCAUACUUCUUAUAUACCUAGCCUUCACAUCUGGAGUACAACUAGACGGACCUAAAAUAAAGGCCAUAGCAUCUUCAGCAAGUAACACAUGGGGUCUGUUUCUAUUGAUCUUGCUUCUUGGGUACGCUCUAGUGGAAGUUCCGAGGAAUCUGUGGAAUAACUCGAAGAAGAAUUAUACUCUGUCGUACUGUUACUUCAAGAUCGCUAAAUUGAGUACUGAUAAAUGUGAAGCGGAAGAGACAAUUGAUGACAUAUUGGAGAGUUUAAACACAAUCACAGCAGCAGUAGGGCCUGGUCAUCCGUUGCAGCGUCAUGUGGAAACAAUUGUUCAGAAGUUACCAGUUCAACUUCGCGACAAACUGAAUUCUAGGGCUCCACCCGACAGGGCCCCGCCGCCAUCUUUGAAGAGCUUAAUUAAUUUACACAAAAAGACAAUCAAAGCACUCCACGUGUUACAACGCACGGAGACCCAAUACGGCCUGAUGCUAGAAAAGAUCUACCAUUUAGAAGACGUCGCUACCAACAGCCGAUCCCCCGACCAUCGGUUCCAACACACGUUUCAUAUGCCAAGGCCACGGUUGCAGCGGUUAUUCUAUCCGCCUAUAGUAGAAUGGUACUGGGAGUGUUUCCUCAAGCAAUACUUCCUGAAGACAAUGGCGGUGAUCACUUGCAUCCUAUCGGUGAUGGUUGUGUGGUCGGAGUUAACGUUCUUCAACAAGUCGCCCGUGCUGUCGCUGUUCGCCAUCUUUGUUAACGCGGCGGGGGAUAAUUUCAAUUACGUUGCUAUUGUGACGAUAUCAACCCUCAUAAUCGGGUACAUAUUCUACUGUGCGUACUCAACCGUACUGAAAAUACGCGUACUCAACCUGUAUUAUUUGGCUCCACAUCACCAAACGAAUGAAUAUAGUCUGAUCUUCUCCGGCAUGAUGGCGUGUAGACUCACACCCGCUAUGUGCUUGAACUUUCUGAGUUUGACGCACCUAGAUUCUCAUAUUAUUACGUCACGGAUCAUGGAGACUUAUUAUACACAGAUAAUGGGCCACAUGGACGUACUGCGGAUCAUAGCGGAGGGCUUCAACAUAUACUUCCCGAUGCUGGUGAUAUUCCUCUGCCUAGCCACAUACUUCUCACUGGGCAGCAGAUUGCUCUCCAUGUGCGGCUUCCAGCAGUUCGUUGGUGACGAUGAGCUCACUACGGAUUUGGUGGAUGAGGGACGGGAGAUUGUUAAACGUGAGAAGCGUCGUCGUCAGCGCGUAGAAGAGUCGAUGUCACGUCGUCGCGACUACAGCGAGCGGUUUUCGCAGUACCGCACCGCACGGGACAACGACGGAGCCCACACCGGGCUUCUGCACGACGUCGACAACGACUACUACGCGCCAACAGACAGACAGAUACACAGUUAUCAGCAAGCAGAACAACCCUACAAUAGACCCAACCUGACCCUUGAAGAUGAACUAGACCGUAGGUUCGGGGAAAGUACCCUACCGGCGGUUAGAACGGAAUUCGAUAGGAGGGACAAACUGACCAUGCCACCUAGGGGACUAUUUGAUGAUGUUUAAUCAUUUACUAUAGACAGCUAGACUUAUAAUCGUCUGUUAGAAGAUCGUCAAUGCCUGUUGUAAAAAGAUUUAAUUGAAAUUAACACCUUAUUUCGUCGCAAUAAGAUUCAAGGACUUUUGUAUUGCUCAUUGGAAAACUCUGCUCAAUAGACACGGUAGGCAGAGUUUUUCUUCAGAAGAUUUUUGAGCGUUAUUGUGAUGCCAGUUGCUUUAUGGACGUCAAUGCGUUUAAUGUAAUAGAUAUAUUAAAUGUU